AUGGAAAACUCUCGAGGCGGUGAUGGCACAGACGCGCCAGCAACCUAUGCGGAGCUGGCUUCCACCAUGGGCUUCACCGCCUUUGGAAAGACAGCCAGGACGUUUGACUUGGGCAUGUUUGAGCAAACCCGAAGCACAGCUGUGGAAAAAAGUAGAAAAGUUUUGGAAGCCAGAGAGAAAGAGGAAGAAAUGCAGAAGGAGAGAGAAUUAAGAAAGCAACACGAAGAUCAUGAAUCAGUGCCUUCUGGCUCACGUUUGACCAAACAUCCUUUUCCGUCAGCUUCCGGUGACUCAGAGACCAGUGGAAGUGAAGAUAGCUCUGAUGAAGAGCUAAUUGGGCCUCCUUGGCCAUCCCCAACCACUCAAAAACAAUUUGAAGAUACAGAAGAACUCAUAGGUCCCCCACUCCCACCCAGAUCCCAGGACAGUUGUGGUGAUGAUGAACAAGGAGAAGAGGAGGAGACAGACGAUGACGACGAUGAGGACAGAGAAGAUUAAAUUAAUCCUGUCAAAAAAAUUCCUGACUCCCAUGAAAUCACUCUUCCGCAUGGCAGGAAAACAGUUUCUGCCUUGGGUCUGGACCCUUCAGGUGCCUGUUUGGUAACAGGAGGAUUUGAUUAUGAUGUUAAAUUUUGGGAUUUUGCAGGGAUGGAUGCUUCCCUUCAAGCUUUCCGAUCUCUUCAACCCUGUGACUGUCACCAAAUUAAGUCGCUGAGUACGGGAGAGGUGAUUCUUGUGGUAUCUGGAAACUCUCAGGCCAAAGUGCUGGACAGAGAUGGCUUCCUGGUGCUGGAAUGUGUGAAAGGAGACCAGUACCUUGUGGACAUGGCCAACACGAAGGAUCACACGGCAAUGCUUAAUGCUGGCUGCUGGCAUCCCAAAAUUAAGGAAGAAUUUUUGACUUGUUCAAACGAUGGGACCCUGCGAACCUGGGAUGUGGACAAUGAGAAGAAGCACAAAAGUGUGUUUAAACCAAGAACUGUUCAAGGGAAAAGGGCAAUUGCAACCACUUGUACAUACAGUAGAGAUGGAAAGCUUAUUGCAGCUGGCUGCCAGGAUGGAAGCCUCCAGAUGUGGGACAGAAAUAUGAGCGUUCAUACAAAAGUCCACUGCAGGCAGGCCCAUGAUCCUGUCACAGAUAUUUCCUGUGUGACCUUUUCCUAUGAUGGCACUGUCCUUGCCUCUUGGGGAGGGGACAAUACUGUAAAACUGUGGGACAUCCGGCAGUUUAAAAAACCACUUUUUUCUGCUUCGGAUCUCCCUACCUUCUUCUCAAUGACAGAUUGCUGCUUCAGUCCAGAUGAUAAGCUUCUGGUCACUGGAACAUCUGUCAAGAAGGGAGGUGGCCAUGGCAGGCUUGUUUUCUUUGAGUGCCAGACCUUCCAAAAAGUGCAUGAAAUCAGUGUCACCGAUGCCAGUGUGGUACGAUGCCUGUGGCAUCCCAAGUUAAACCAGAUCAUGGUUGGGACCGGAAAUGGAUUGGCUAAAGUGUAUUAUGAUCCCAACAAGAGUCAGAGGGGAGCAAAAUCAUGCAUCGUUAAAAACAGACAGAAAGCUAGACAAGCUGAGACUUUAACCCAGGACUACAUAAUAACUCCUCAUGCACUGCCUAUGUUCUGUGAGCCACGCCAACAAAGUACAAGGAAACAGCUGGAAAAGGACAGAUUAGAUCCUCUGAAGUCUCACAAGCCUGAACCCCCUGUGUCAGGCCCAGGUCGUGGUGGCAGAGUUGGAACCCACAGAGGAACCUUGUCAUCAUACAUCGUCAAAAACAUUGCUCUGGAUAAGAAUGACGACAGCAACCCCAGGGAAGCCAUUUUACGGCAUGCAAAGGAAGCUGAGGAUAACCCAUACUGGGUUGCUCCAGCAUAUUCCAAGACUCAGCCUAAGACUCUCUUUGCAGAGGUAGAAUCUGAAGAUGAAGAAACAAAGAGGAAACCAGAGUGGAAGAAACAUAAAAUCUGA